CUCCGUGUUUCCUCCUGGGAUCAGAAACCCGUCCCUCGGGAGGGAAAUGCAGCUCCACUAGCGACAGAAGCAGAGCAGGGCGGAGUGGCAGCGGAGUGUUUGGAUCUAAGAGUCCGGUGGACGGAGAGGAUGAGGACAUGAGGACAUGAAGCUGCUUGUGUGGACCGCGUUGGUGUUCCUGCGGGGUCCCGCUGCGGGGGGAGCCGCUGCGGGGGGAGCCGGCGGCAGCGGUGUGGUGUUCACCAAACACCCGUCCAAUCAGACGGUGUCUCAGGGGAACGAGGUGAGGCUGGGCUGUGCUGUGGAGGGCGUUGCAGAGCCGGACAUCACCUGGAUGAAAGACGGAGAGAAGCUGUACAGCACUGACCAGGUGUUCCUCACGCUGGGAGAACAACACUGGGAGACGUCUCACAGCGUGAAGUCGGUCCACCAGCAGGAUGCAGGCGAGUACUGGUGUGAGGUGGAGUUCCACGGCCUGACGUUCUCCUCGGAGCGGGCUUGGAUCACGGUGGAAGGGGUCCCCCACUUCAUCCAGGAGCCCCAGGACGUGGCCACGUUCCCCAGCACCCCCUUCAACCUUUCCUGCGGUGCCGUUGGACCUCCUGAGCCCGUAGAGGUGCUGUGGUGGCUGGGAGGGGUCCAGGAAGCAGAAUCCCAGCCCUCCCCCUCCGUCCUCCACGUCCCAGGUGUGAACAGCAGUGUGAAGUUCUACUGUGAAGCGAGGAACACCAGAGGAAUCUCAGUGUCCAGGACCGGAACAGUCCACAUCAAAGUGCUGCCAGCAGCUCCGCUGGACCUGCAGGUUGUCCCCUUGGCCAACAGCAACUUCACGUUGUCAUGGGAACCGGGCUUCACCGGCCACUCGGAGCUGUCCACCUGCCUGGUCCAGGUGACGCGGCGCUGGCCCCGCAGGCGCACCCUGCCGCAGCAGGAGGUGCGGGUCCCCCCCCACCGCCACGUCCUGGCGGGUCUGAGGAGUCACUCCAACUACAGCGUCAGAGUUUCCUGUGUGAACGAAGUGGGGGUGUCGCCCUUCUCGCCCUGGCUGCACUUCCUCACACCUGAGUCAGUUCCCUCCGCGGCCCCCAGGAACCUCACCUUCCAGCUGUCGGAGCAGCAGCUGGCUCUGCGCUGGGUGCAGCUCCAGGACGAUGAGCUGCAGGGGAAGCUGUUGGCCUACAAGCUGCAGUGGACUCUGGGAGUUGAAGCACAGGAGCCACUGCUGUUCAAGGAGAACUCGGCCCAGCUGUCCGGAGGAGGUCGCUUCUUCAACGCCUCCAUCCAGGUGUCGGCCUGCACCUCGGUGGGCUGCGGGCCCUGGAGCCCCCCGGUGCUGGUGCUGCCCCCCUCAGCGCAGGUCCAGGUCCAGCGGAGCCACAUGUGGGUGGGGCUGCUGCUGGGCCUGCUGGGCUCCACCGUGGUGGGGCUGCUGCUCAGCGCCAUGGCCCGCCGCCGAGGGAAGGAGACGCAGUUCGGCUCGGCCUUCAAGAGUCCCGGUCCUGAGAGCUCCGUGUUCUUCACCGCAGCCCGGUCCUUCAGCAGGACCAGCUCAGACCUGCAGGAGUCCACCUUGGACAGUCUGUGCAUCAACAGCGAGCUGAAGAACAAGCUGCAGGACGUGUUGAUCCCAGAGAGGCUGCUGACGCUGGGACAGAUGCUGGGCAGAGGUGAGGCCCACCCCCCCCUCACUCCCUCCACUCCCUCCACUCCCUCCACUCCGCCUCCAGCAGACUUUAAAUAUUUGAAGGCUGACAUCACCUCGUCAGGCGACAUCGAACAGUGUCUGAAGGAAGCGGCCUACAUGAAGGACUUCCACCAUCCCAACGUGAUCCAGCUGAUCGGAGUGAGUCUCCACCGGCGUCCCGGCCAGCGGCUGCCGGUCCCCAUGGUGGUGCUGCCGUUCAUGCAGCACGGAGACCUGCACACCUUCCUGCUGCUGUCCGGCUGGGUGACCACCCACAGGAGCGCGCUGCACACGCUGGUCCAGUUCAUGCUGGACAUCUCCCGGGGGAUGGAGUACCUGAGCAGCAAGAACAUCAUCCACAGAGACCUGGCCGCCCGCAACUGCAUGUUGGAUGAGAACAUGGCUGUGUGUGUGGCCGACUUCGGACUCUCCAAGAAGAUCUACAGUGGAGAUUAUUACCGGCAGGGUUCAGUGUCCAAACUGCCCGUCAAGUGGAUCGCUCUGGAGAGUCUGGCAGACAACGUGUACACAAGCCAGAGUGACGUGUGGGCGUUCGGAGUGACGAUGUGGGAGAUCAUGACUCGUGGUCAGACUCCGUAUCCUGGAGUGGAAAACUCAGAAAUCUACGAGUUCCUCAUCAAAGGAGAACGACUGAAAAGACCAGCCGACUGUCGACAAGACAUCUACGACACCAUGCACAGCUGUUGGAGUCCCGUCCCCAAGUGCCGUCCCAGCUUUGAGCAGCUGGUGGUGCAGCUGGAGCUGCUGCGCUGCAGCCUGGCCCCCCCCACCCCCCCCAAGGAGCAUUCUCUCUACGUCAACCUGGACGGGGAGGCUGGGGAGGACAAGGGUGGGGUGUCUGGGGGGGGGCCCUCCAGCUGGAGCGUCCCCUGGCAGCGGGGGGGGGAGGAGCAGCAGGAGGAGCAGAGGCUGAUGGGGGGCCCCGGGGCCCCCAGACUCCCCGGGGGGGACUACAGGUACAUCAUGGGCCCCUGUGGAGCCCCCACCCAGGAGGACGGGGACGGGGCUGGAGGAGGGGGGGACGAGGAGGACGUCAUUAAUGUGUGAGACAGAUCGUUCAAUCACAGUGCUCCUCCUGGUCCUCGUCUGAGUGGACGCUUGCUUUGCUGCACAGAGCAGCGGGGGCAGGUGGAGACACCCUGGACCCCCCUGGACCCCCCAGGGGUCCCAGGACCGGCUCCGGAGGGGGGUCCCCCCUGCAGGAGAACCUCAACGGACCUUCCAGAACCUCCACAACCUUCCUGAAGACGUGUGUGUGGUCCGACGGACUGAACCGGGUCAGCCACGGAAACCAGCCAGUCAUCUGGUCUCAGUAAAACCCUGGCUGAUCGCCAUGAUUGAUGGGUGAUCAGCCCAGAACCAUCCACACGCAGCAGUGGCUGAUCGCCAUGAUUGAUGGGUGAUCAGCUCAGAACCAUCCACACGCAGCAGGGGCUGAUCGCCAUGAUUGAUGGGUGAUCAGCUCAGAACCAUCCACACGCAGCAGGGGCUGAUCGCCAUGAUUGAUCGGUGAUCAGCUCAGAACCAUCCACACGCAGCAGUGGCUGAUCGCCAUGAUUGAUCGGUGAUCAGCUCAGAACCAUCCACACGCAGCAGUGGCUGAUCGCCAUGAUUGAUGGGUGAUCAGCUCAGAACCAUCCACACGCAGCAGGGGCUGAUCGCCAUGAUUGAUCGGUGAUCAGCUCAGAACCAUCCACACGCAGCAGGGGCUGAUCGCCAUGAUUGAUCGGUGAUCAGCUCAGAACCAUCCACACGCAGCAGUGGCUGAUCGCCAUGAUUGAUGGGUGAUCAGCUCAGAACCAUCCACAUGCAGCAGUGGCUGAUCGCCAUGAUUGAUGGGUGAUCAGCUCAGAACCAUCCACACGCAGCAGUGGCUGAUCGCCAUGAUUGAUGGGUGAUCAGCUCAGAACCAUCCACACGCAGCAGUGGCUGAUCGCCAUGAUUGAUGGGUGAUCAGCUCAGAACCAUCCACAUGCAGCAGUGGCUGAUCGCCAUGAUUGAUCGGUGAUCAGCUCAGAACCAUCCACACGCAGCAGUGGCUGAUCGCCAUGAUUGAUGGGUGAUCAGCUCAGAACCAUCCACAUGCAGCAGUGGCUGAUCGCCAUGAUUGAUGGGUGAUCAGCUCAGAACCAUCCACACGCAGCAGUGGCUGAUCGCCAUGAUUGAUGGGUGAUCAGCUCAGAACCAUCCACAUGCAGCAGUGGCUGAUCGCCAUGAUUGAUGGGUGAUCAGCUCAGAACCAUCCACACGCAGCAGGGGGUUCUGUCCCAACAACCUCCCACUAAUUUCUAUGUUUUCAAGUAUCUGAAUGAAGUGUGAAGUUGUGAUCGUAGAUGUUUUGGACUAACUGUUUCAGCUGCAGCACUUCUGAGACCAAUUCUUCUGUGAACCAGAACCAGCAGCUAACUGGGUCAGGGGAUCCUGGACCAGCAGCUAACCGGGUCAGGGGAUCCUGGACCAGGAUGUUCCAGGGGUCACACCUGGGCUCCGGGGCCAGCAGCCAAUCGGUGAAGAGUGAAGCUCAUAGCACCUUCCACUACCAAAGCCCCUCCCACCUGUAAACCCCUCCCACCUGUAAACCCCUCCCUUCCCUGGACAGGUUUUAACAUGAUGGGAACAGUUUGGUUUUCUACUUUAAGGCCCAAUCUCAAUACUCGCCCUUCUUUUCUUCCCUAACCCCUAAAAAAGAAGGGGGAGAUUUUAGGGCACUUGAAAUCUAGGGCCCUUGGCCCAGGUGCCUGUCCCAAUACCCCCACUCCCCCUCGUUUUCAUCCCUACCCUGAUCAGGAAGCUGAGAGCCAAAAGCUGUUUUAAUUUCAGCUGUAGCGCUGUUAAUAUGGCACUUUAUUAAGUUUUAAUAUUUUUUCAGGCGUAAAAGUAACCGUUAAGAUCCCCAACCUGGGCUCAGUUUAUCCAAAUAACGCCUGUUAAGAAAUUUGACUCUACGUUUUAGGAGGUGAGAAGAGCCGCCGGCCCCGGGGAGCAGCAGCAGCUCACAGCCGGGGGGACAGACGUGAUCGCUGGGUCAACCCACGCCGUCAGCCCCGGGAGAGAAACCUGCAGCUCUGUUGAGAAUUACGCUGGCUGAAAUAAAUCAUUUAGGAAGAUGUUGGUUUAAUAGAUGAAAUCUAACAGUUGUAGCUACGCCUGUUAAGAAAUUUGCUCCGAAAAUUUAGAGAUUUCUGCCUGCCGGCUCCGGAGUUUAUGGGUCCGCGUUAAAUCGACGCAGAGCCUACGGCGUA